AUGAACUCUUGGGACGUGAGCUUGGCUUGCCUGCUGGUGGGAAUGAUUGCAGUCUCGCUGCUGUCCAACGUGGUGGUGCUGAUCUGCUUCCUCUACAGCCCUGACAUCCGCAAGCAAGUGCCUGGGCUCUUCAUCCUUAAUUUGACCUGCUGCAACUUGUUGAUGACCGUGGUCAACAUGCCCUUGACCUUGGCCGGGAUGCUGAAUAAACAGCAGCCGGGAGGAGACAGGCUCUGCCACAUCGUGGGCUUCCUAGAAACCUUCCUGACCACUAACUCCAUGCUGAGCAUGGCCGCGCUCAGUAUAGACCGCUGGGUCGCCGUGGUCUUCCCUCUGAGCUACCACUCCAAGAUGCGCUACAAGGACGCGGCGCUCAUAGUGGGCUACACGUGGCUGCACUCCAUCUCCUUCCCCAUCGCUGCUCUCUCCCUGUCCUGGCUAGGCUUCCAUCACCUCUAUGCCUCCUGCACGCUGUACAGUAAGAGGCACGAGGAGCGGGUCCCUUUCGGUGUUUUCACGGGGGUUUUCCACGCCCUCAGCUUCCUCCUCUCCUUCAUCGUGCUGUGUUUCACGUACCUUAAGGUGCUCAAGGUAGCCCGAUUCCACUGCAAGCGCAUCGAUGUGAUCACCAUGCAGACCCUGGUAUUGCUCGUGGACAUACACCCCAGUGUGAGAGAACGUUGUCUGGAGGAACAGAAGAGACGAAGGCAACGGGCCACCAAGAAAAUCAGCACCUUCAUUGGGACGUUCCUGCUUUGCUUUGCGCCAUAUGUAAUCACAAGGCUGGUAGAAUUAUCCUACAUUGGUCCCAUCAGUUAUCACUGGGGCGUCUUCUCUAAGUGUUUGGCUUAUAGCAAAGCAGCAUCAGACCCCUUCGUGUACUCUUUAUUAAGGCAUCAGUACAAGAAGAGCUGGAAGGACAUACUGAACAGAAUUCUCAAAAGAGGUUCCAUCAAUUCUUCAGGCCUCACAGGGGACUCGCACAGUCAAAAUAUUUUGCAAAUCACUGAAUGA